AUGGGGCGGUUCUUAGGGACAUCUCCCACUUCGAAUAUUGAACGUGGACGUCGAUACGAAGUCAUACCACGAGAUAAUAACGACGACGAAGAAGAAGAAGACGAGAAUAUUUCUAUACAUUUACAUAUGCAGCAUCAAGUAGAAGCUGAGAACACUCACGUAACAACAACUACUAGUAGUGUUACAAGCAGGUCAGCACUUAUACAGAGUGAUUGUGAGGUUCAAAUGGACGUAGAGGAGACAAAAACAAACAAUUUACAACGUCAUUAUCAAGAAAAGAAGGAGGAGGAAGAAGAAGAAGAAGACAGGAUAGAGACACGACCAGGACAGAAUCAAGAGAAUGAGACAAGUGUGGAUAUUGAUACAAUUCAUGUCCGUAUUUUAGACUUGAAUGGUAAAUUCUUUAAUAUUUCAUGUCGUUUAGACUGGAGUGUGGCCCACAUGAAGCAAAAAGUGCUUGAAAGCACCGAAGUAGCAAUUGCAUCACAACGACUUAUCUACCGUGGUCGUGUACUAGAAGAUAAUGCAUCAUUGGAGAGUUAUAAGGUGGAAGAUGGACAUACUGUUCAUUUAUUUGUACGAGCAGCAUCUACGCCUGAUCCUGAGAUAUUGAGUGCGGAAUUGAAUGCGAAUGGAAGUAUUAGUGGAGAACGAGAGGACGGUGUUACGGUUGUAAAUAUUAACAGUGAUAUUGUAUCGUCCGCUGUCUUCCCGUCUGACUCAGCGAGACGAGUUGACCCGUUGAUGCUGGAUUCAUCGCUUGGCAAUUGUGCACGUCGUGUAAAACUCUGGAGUUCUUUCUUACUGAUUAUUUACACGAUGAAGGUGAUGAGUCAAUUUGCGCUACUUGCAAACGAUCAUCAACAGCGUGCAGCUCAGCAGGGACAGAACGUUAUGGGGACUAGUGAAACUGAUCGGACCAUUAACCGCUACGACGAUUAUCCACAAUACUACUAUACACCAGACCCGCUUAUUGGCGGGAUUGAGCUUAUGGUACACUGCUUUGGUGUGUACGUGGGCUGUGUGGGUUUCAAGGCAGCACAUGACACGGACAUUCGCCCUAUUCGUUUUUAUUGCCGAGGUGUCGUAUGGCUCUCCAUUCUGACAGUAUUAGAGCAGCUUUACACGACUGUACAGAUUGCCGGGUCUGACUUUCCGAAGGAGCGCGUGCGUUACCCUUACGGCGGGCAAGGGCCGACCAAGGACGAUAUAGUAUCAGCGAACAUUUUCCAGACCAUCGUACUUGUUGGUAUGUGGAUUAUUGCCAUUCGCCACUCGUACCUGCAUCAGCGUGAGGUAUCCAUCUACAACCAGUCCUUUGCAACGGCAGCCAUGAAUGCCGCGCCUCCUGUACACCUGCCUGAAGUGGUGUAA